AUGUCAAGUAAUCCGCGCCUUGGCAAUCAUGGAGCUGCCUGUAUUACAUCUGGAGCACCAAAUCCUUUUGCUAACGAAUGUUCUGCUUUAAUUGUUCCUCUAAGCAGCUUACAACGCUCAGUUGAACCUGGCUGGUUGGGUACUCUCGUAAUAUCUGUGCCCGAUGGGGCCGUGCUUCAAUCUUCGGGCUGCUUCACCAAUGCAGAUAGGCUGGCUCAACUAAUAAUAUCAAUGUUCCAAAGAGUUGGACGGCUCAUACAAUAUGAGCGAGGACACAAUUCUGAGCGGCCUCCAUUUAGACGCGUGACAAUUAACAGCACACGCAACAUCUACCACAUGACCUGCGUCGGCGAGGUCAUUUAUGCCGUUAAGAGAGAACGUCUUGAUCACACUCCGGCGACUCCCCGAAAGUGCGAUCCUGAGGGCGGCUCGGAAGGAAUCAGUGUUGGCAGCACAUUCGACUCCAACGUGUGA